AGAAGAAGUGUUCUAGUUGCUUCCUUUGGAAAUAAUGGGACACUGGUGCUGCGUCAAAGGAUGCAAUAGUAAUUCUAAACAGAAAACAGCAGAUGCGGCCUUACGGUUUUUCGUAUUCCCCACUUGGAAAAAAAAAUACGGACCGCAGACAGAGGACUUAACAAAGAGGCGUCGGGCUGCAUGGGUCGCUGCUGUAAGAAGGAAAGACAUCACGUUUCAUAAAAUAUCUCCUCAUGCUCGUGUUUGCUCUCGGCAUUUUCACAAAGGUCAACCCGCAUAUGAGAUGAUGGAGACUGACCCAGACUGGGCUCCAUCCCUGCAUCUGGGCCACACUGACAUCAGACCAACAGACACAGAUCGCUCUUUAAGACGUGGUUAUCGGGAACAGCUGAAAAAGAAUGCCCUGCAAGCAACUGAAACGGGGCUCCAUCAGGCUGAUGAAAUCCUUGAGCAACAGGAUGAAGUUACACAUGAGGCGACAGAGAACCCUAACCAGCAACAGACUGACACGCAGAAGGCUGCUGAAAACGUUGGCCGGCCAAACACCAAGGAUGACACAGAAGGUGGUCGUCAGGAAGGACAGACAGAAUGUAACCUGUGUGUGCUCAGGUGUGCAGAGAUGAACCGUCUUUUGGAAGACAAACAGAGAGCUGCGGCGUGAACUUGAUGAGCUGCGGAUCUCUGAUGGCUUCUUUGGAGACAGUAAUGAAAAAGUCAAGUACUAUACGGGUCUACCAAACUUGGCAACCUUUAUGGCUUUGUUUAAUUUUCUGCUGCCUCUCAUGUCUGCUCAAAACAAAAUUCUCAGUCCAUUUCAAA